GGAAAAUUUUGCGUUUAGUUUAGGUGGUUAGUCAAAAAUAGUGAUGUAGCAAUGGAGUGAGCUCCAUGCAAUAUGUCUAGUAUGAGCCAGUCGACAGGUCCAAAUGACACUUCACUUGAGCAUUGCUUCACGAAUAUUUUUGCAUUGACUGAUUUCAGUGGUAUUCAAUACCGAAAAUAUAUCCUCCAUACUCCAAAGGAAUACCAUGAUCCACUAAACGAUCCAAUUAUUAAGUCUUACACUCUGUGCCAAAAGUAUAGCGUUCUCUCAGCUUGGGUGCGCUCAAAACCAGAGUCAUCGGACUUAUCAAAUCCUUGCGCUUUCUCAAAAUUCACCAAAGAGCUUUGGGUGUUCUGGUAUGGAAACGAUGACUUCCCUAACGCGGAAAGCUGUAUACUACCAGAACUCCGUAAAGAGGACCAUGGAAACUGGCGACAAGGUUUAUCAUAUGAAACAAGAACUGUCCUGUUUCGGGCUUUGCACAACGUUGUUGAGAGAUGUCUGCUUACCAAAGGGUUUGUGCGCUUGGGCAAGUGGUUUGUACAGCCUCGUAAAUAUGGUUGCAAUGAUAACAAUGUACAAUAUAGUGUCAGCUUCUCUUUCUUCUUACAUGGUGAGAGCACAGUGUGUGCCAGUCUCGACAUUCGUCAACAUGUUGCUGUCCAAAGAGUUGGGGUCGAACACAUUCAAAAGUGUGUCACAAAUCAAUCAACUAUACCUGUUAUCCUGGCGCCUUAUGGAAUAUCUGCGGAGCUGACAGGCUUUGGCUAUGAAAAAAAGGACGGAGAUCUGAUGGUUGAGUCGGAAGCAUGGUCGACUUUUUACCCACUCAGGCCCAGUCACGAGUGUGACCCUGCUAUGAGUGGCGUUGCUGGUCUGCCUUUUUUCGCUAUGGCUACUCCUACACAUCAGAAUUCACGCCAACAGAAUAGGUUUAGUAAUGAUAAGAAGCGGACAGUAGAAGAAAUCAACCGCCGGUGUCCAGACACUCCGCCGAGAUUUGUUGAGGUGAUUGUUGAUGGUUUUCGUAUGAGAUAUCCUAUGUGCUUUGUGCUGAUAACCUCUGUAAACGAUUCACCUUGUCAACCAGAAUAUAAUCCAUCAUCUGAAGGUGAAACAGUCCACUCAUCUGAAGUAUCCGGUCAAAAUUUGUCUGUGAACACACCGGUAUCAUAUAUGCCGAGUAAACACUCUGUAUACAAUACUCAUAUCCCCACUAGGAUAAAAACAUCACGUUUAUGGCGAAUAAACAGACGGAGCAAACGCCCUUCUAUAAAAAUGAACACACCCGGGACAUCUUGGCUGAAAGCAAUUACUUCCAGUGGUUCAUUGCAGUCUGAUUUUUUGGUAGAUGUUCGUCAUAUUUACCUAGCUGGUAGAACUCUUCACUGUGCAUUACAACAUAACCACCCACCUUCUACGAAACCAGAGUGGCAAUCAAAACAAUCACAUUCUACUGAUAGGAUUGAUAUAGGUUGUAAUACUGAUGAGUCCAUUACUUCAUCAUCAGAAAUGUGCUCAUUAAACAUACAAGAUCCAUGUACUAUCUUGCAAUGCUGCUGCAACAGGUUUCCUCGAGUUCGUCGAUCUUUUGUUAGUGGCUCGUUCCAUCAGCAAGAUCCCUGUCUUCGACGAUCUUUGAAAUCAUCUAUUCAUUCCAACAUGUCGCUCUCUGAUCGUCCAAGAACUCCGCUCCCAUCGAUUACUACUAACUUAACAGCAACCCAUGACCCUUCCAUGCCUACUCUGAGCCCUCAGCAACCAGCUCCAAAUCAAAAUCCAAACCCUAAUUCUAAUACUCUCCUCAAUGAAUUGAAUAAUGAUUUUGUUUGUGAUCAGAAUACAUCCCAGAUUACGCCUUCAUCCACUCACCUUUCAACAGCGCCACAACCUCCAUCACUUCUUCCUAAGCCUGAACCUAACCCAACCGUAUCUUCGAUUGUUAAGAUACCUAACGGUUUGGUGACCACGGACUCACCCGUUUCUUUGGAUCACCAAACACAAUAUGCUAAAAUGUCAUCCCGACAAAUUCCAACUGGUUCAGUAUCUGUAACAAAAAGGACUUUAUUCAACACUUGGCUAGUUCGACAUGCAUCCCAGGAAUUGCCGAGAGAACCAUCUAGUGAUAUAAAGCGUCCAAACUUAUGUCUCAGCAUUCCAGAUCGAAUUGAAAGAGAGCAGUAUACAAGUGCAGAAGCCAUUAUCUUACAGUCUACCCUUGAGCAAUCAUCUCCGCCCUUCUCAAAUUGUAGUAUUAUCGAAGACAAUGCAUUGUGCAAAGAAAAUAAUGUAACUCCUGACGAAUAUCCAUUUAGAAGUAAACGUCCUCGUACUACUAUUUGCCGCACUGAUUUCAACGAUUCUAGCUUAACUGAUGGUGCACAAGGAAUUACAACAGAUAUAACAAAUACCAAUUUCACUUCUGCUAAUUCGUGUUCCCCGGAUAUGAAAGUCACAGAAUGCAAUGGUUUAAUCGAUGACCAUAUCAAUCCAGGAGCAUUGGAAACAAAUACUCAUUGUGGAUUGAUGCAUUCUAAUGGUUCCAUAAUGAAUAAUUUAAGUGGUACUUUUAGUCGCAGCGUUGGACUCAUCACUCAUAGAGGAGUCAGUCUCGCUAGCAGCACAGGUUCUGGACAUAUAGGACCAGCAGAACUAGCCUUAAUGCUCCCUACACCACCAUCACAUGAUGCUCCUCAGCCUAGCCCUGUUGAUGGUGUCUCAGUAUCCACCAACCGUGCGAAUCCUUCAACAGCUUCAGUAAGCACCCCAGGACCAGGUUCUCCAUCUGUUCAAACAAUCCAGGAUUCAUUAUCGUCCAGCGCAGCAGACACGUCACAUUCGGUCCCUACACCCUAUCAAUCUGCCAAUUCACCAUCAACCUAUCAAAACCAAGGAUUAUGGCACCUUGCGAAAUUGCCUUGUAUUCAAAACCUCAGUAGCAUCGGCAUAGAAUCUCAAGAUUGGUCUUUCGUUCAACCUUGCGCUGCCUAUCUCGGUAUGACAAGUAACUAUCAAAUCCCUCAUGAUGAAAUUUCAUUAUUUGCGAAGUCUCUGCCUCAACUGAAGUGGUCCUAUGACCACCGUGCAUCAAACCAGAAGUCCAUUAUAUCAGAAUGUUUGGAUCCACAUUUUACACCUAAUGGGUUGGUCGUCAAUACUGGGAAUCAGUCUGCGACAUCUAAGUCUUGGUUAAUGUCUCCUAAUUCUUUCCCUCCCACUUCAUUACAUCGAAAUGUUACAAACAUUGAUAAUAAACCUUGUUCGCCUCAACAACUAAAUGAAUCUGGCACUACUUAUUCUAUCACAGGAUUUGUGAAGUCAGCGGAUUGUACGAACCCCAAUACCAGUUACAUAGAGGAUUUCACUGAUUGGUUAACCAGCUUGCACGAAACCAAUGGGCUUUUAGUAAAUUUAAUUCUUUCAGAUUCUAUGCUAAAUUUGUUCAAAGACCAUAAUUUUGACUCCUGUAACAUUUGUGAAUGCACGUCAUCCAUACUUGGCUCUGAGAUUGGUCUGUACUUAUCCAAUUCAAUAUCUACGACAUCACCUUGUAGUAGAUCAGGAAGAACGAACGCUUCAGCUUUUGGAGGUCAUGACUUAGUUAACGGAUCUGGGUUCCAUUUUACACGAGGAUGCAAAUGUGGUUUCAGUGCUGUAAUGAAUCAGAAGUACGUAGUUAAUGGAAAUUUAUUCUAUGAGGAUGAGAUUGAAGUAACCCGACUGUCCGUCCGAUCUCUAAGUCAGAAUAAUGAAAAUCCAUAUACUCGUCCACCGAGCUACCGGACACGUCCAGGUUGGUGGGUGACCAGUUCUCACCCUUCUGUUAGUCAUUUGCUCUUACUUCAACGGAUAAUGAGUAGCGUAUUUGAAGAAUUUAGUGUACGACAGAUAACUGACCAGCUAAGAUGGAAUAUGUUGUCGCGUGACCAAAUCAUUAAAGAAAAUAAACUCGAAUAUGAUGACGCGUGUGCUCUAAUUUCAUCGGCUAUUCGCGAUUCUGCCGCAACAGUUUCUCCACGUGGAGUGUCUGGCUCAAUUAACAAUGUUGAUUCCAUUACAAUUGGUACACCCCAUUCGGUUCCCGAAACUGGUGCAUAUAUUCAUCCUUCUUUUUUUCUAAAAGCUCACUCUAAAAUGCCUCAAAAUCAAAACGACCAAAUUCGCUUAUUGACUACUCUGCGUCCUUGGCUCCAGGAGGCUAUUUCAUCUACUCGUAUGUUAGAAUCUAACUAUACUGUUGACGGACCACUAACGUGGAAGGCAUUUCAUCAACUUGCUGGUCGAGGCUCUGAUGAAACAUGUAAACCCCAACCAAUUCCCCAGUUGCGCGUUAGCAGUUGCGAUCAAGAAAACUUGUUAAUAUCUCCUUUUGCACUUCGUGAUUGGGACCGAUUAUCAUUGUUCCCAUUAUCGCGACCUAAACGUAUUGCUUAUGCUGUGGUCUUGCCUUCUGAUUCUCAUAUGUUGUCUAAUUCAACUUCUACUAUCCCUAAUAUUUUAACUUCCGAGGGCGCCGAUUCUAAUUCUACUCCUUCAUCGACCCCAACUUCAUUAAGGCGUACUCUUGUUGAUUUUCUGAGAGAACUGUCACAUACCUAUGAAGCUUGCCACCUUGGACAGCAUUUCCCAUAUUACAAACCAGAAGCAAGUUCUCCUGAUACAGCGUUUAUACCCGUCUUUCUAAAUUCAGAACGUCUUUCAAUAUCAGAAUCUGAUAGCUUUGUAAGUAUUCAUCCGGAUCUCCUAAAAACCCUUACAGAACAACUAGGCAAUCAUUCACUGUGUGGAGAAUCAAUACUGCGAAUUAUUCAAAACUACGCCUGUUCUUCAGUAAAUUCCACCAUAGCUGCAUUAAGAAAACACGGUGUUGCUGUUGAGUUUUGUUCUGAAACUAAUGUACGUUCUGUUUUAUUCCCACCUUUUGAAUCGGUCAAGUCAGAGAAGUCUAGCGCUCCUAUAAAGACCAAUCAAGAUGAUGUGAAACUGAAUAUCGUCAACCGACUUGCAGUUCCUGGUAAAAAAGAUAGUAGUUGUUCAGUACGCUACAGCAAUGGUGAAGGUCCCUUCACAACAUCAUUGGAUACUUCUUCUUGGGGUGCGGGGAGUGAUAUUUAUUUGGUUAUAUAUAUUCUAAAUCCUUUCUGCUACCUGUGUGAUGUCAGUGUGGAGCUUGGUAGAAUUGUUAUGCAGUCAUUAGUCGGUUCUGCCAAUCAUAUAUUGAAUUCUUUACCUGAAUCCUGGCGUUCGCGUGUCACCACACAAAUUUUAUCAGUCGAUCAUGUCAUGUCUGACUAUUUGCCCCGUUUACGACCUUUAGCAUUAGCAGUUUAUACAUCUGUGAAUCGUUUCAUUGAACCCAGUUUGAUAAAUGCAAAUCGUACAUUAACAGGUAUCGGUCCAGCAGCUGAAAAGGAGAUUAUUUCAAAUGACAAAGACCUGUGUGAUGUCAGUGUGGAGCUUGGUAGAAUUGUUAUGCAGUCAUUAGUCGGUUCUGCCAAUCAUAUAUUGAAUUCUUUACCUGAAUCCUGGCGUUCGCGUGUCACCACACAAAUUUUAUCAGUCGAUCAUGUCAUGUCUGACUAUUUGCCCCGUUUACGACCUUUAGCAUUAGCAGUUUAUACAUCUGUGAAUCGUUUCAUUGAACCCAGUUUGAUAAAUGCAAAUCGUACAUUAACAGGUAUCGGUCCAGCAGCUGAAAAGGAGAUUAUUUCAAAUGACAAAGACAGCUUCCAUAAACGAACAAUAUUUGCGCCUCCAUAUACACUCAUGAACUCUCGUAAUGUACUCAGUCAAUUAGAUAUUUCAUCGGAGCCUCCUGAUCGGUCAUCUGUUUUAUUCGUUGCAUAUUGUCUUUCACAAGAUCAACAAUGGCUUCUGGCUACAUUUACAGAUGAGCAAGGUGGACUGUUAGAUCAUACUUUGAUUAAUAUCCGUGUUCCAACAAGGUACUUUGCUGAAACAGAGAAUCAACGUUUUCAAGCGGCAGAAUCAAAUAAGCAUAUAUUAAGCCCUCGUCGUAUUGGACUUGCACGACUUUGGGAUUAUAUUAUUAAUCUAAUCAGUCAAACUGCAAAUGCUUGGAGACUUGUAGUAGGAAGAAUCGGUAGGUUGGGACAAGGGGAACUAAAAGGUUGGAAUGGACUGUUAGGACGAAAAAGCCUUCAAGAUGUGAAUAAAUUUUUUCGAGAGCGUUGUUCUGCUUGCAGUACAUCAUCUUGUGUCCCUUCACACUCGUCAUCCAUUAAUAAUGGUUCUAAGCCUAUGUUGAAUCUAGUUAACAGUUUCACUGGAGCCAGUAGUUGUACUCAUGAACUCCCAAGUUUGAUCAGCGCAUGUCUUGUUUCUCUCGAACCUCAAAGCACAUUCCGUGUAUAUCCUGGUUUCGGUUUAUGUUCAGAUGAAUCAUGGACAUACGGAGGUAGUGGAGGUGGUGGUAAUGCAGGUGGUUGCGGCGGUGGAUCUGGAAACGCUGGUAGUUCUGGUGGUGGUGGAGGUCUUUGUAAUGGUGUUAACAGUGCAUUUUGUGGAGCCAAUGCGUCACCAUUAACUAUGCGCAUGAUGUCACUUUUAGAUACUCCCACAACAUCUACAGAAACACCUAGUGCAACUCAUAUCCUAGUCUUUCCUACUAGUACUUCAGCAAGUGGUGUGUCUGAGCAUGAACCUUCAGGAUUAGCAGAAGUCAUCUAUGGGAUGGGAUCUGAUGAUAUGAAUGUAUUUGACUGGCUUCUUCCCAAUGAUCCUGGCCUUGAUGACCUCGUUCCUCCUAAUGGAUCAACAGCAGAAAUGUUGGCUGACUUUGGUAAUCCAUCCGAAUUAAAUUUUGGCUUGUCUGAUCUGGGUCCACCUGUUUGUGUCAAUGGUGUUAAUGACGGUACGGGAAAGUCAUCUAACACUAGAUUAGGCGACGGUAGUGAUAUUUUGCAUGGACACAAUGAUUACGCUAUUGGUUUUCCUGAUAAUCGGGGACAUGGAAAUAUUUCUGACGUUAUGUGUUUGCGCGGAUUUGAUUCUGGACUGCUGGAUUUGGGGCCAAACCAUCUAAAUGAUGUUGGAGGUUAUGUGAGUGAACAUUCACUUGGUCAUAUUGUUAAUCCUCUCAACACAAUGCCCUUCGGAAUACAUGAUCCUACAGAUGAAGUGGGAAGUUUAAUGCAACAACCCUUGGCAAUGGGAUAUUACAUAUCAACGGCUUCAGCCGGUCCACUACCUUCAUGGUUUUGGAUUGCCUGCCCCCAUUCCAAGUUUCAGUAUCCAGUUUGCUUAAAGUCUGCCCUGCAUUUACAAACUACGUUGGUUGGUGUCGAUGACGCUGCAGCCGCAGCUCCUCCACCAACUGGAGGUUCAAGUGGCCCAGGGGUUGGGCCAUCAUCAAAUCGUCCGGGACAUCUCCUAGAUUCAAAUAGCACAUGUGAUGUAUUAAGAUAUGUUUUAGAAACAUAUAAUGCUUUAUCUUGGCUAACCAUUGAUCCAACAACUAACGAUCGCAGAACUUGCUUACCUGUUCACAUUCUUUCCUUAUCACAAAUAUAUCAGGCUUUUGAAGCAUUCACUUGA